CGUUAAUCCAAUUCAGGAGAUCAUCUUUUCAACCUUUCCUGAGGUUACACCAAUCAAGACGGCGUUAUCUCAGAAAGCCAGCUCUGUGGCGGUGAAGAUGACCACGGCGCGGUACCGUCCCACCUGGGAGCUGGCCGUAGACCCCCUGGUCUCAUGUAAGCUGUGCCUUGGAGAGUUCCCUCUGGAGCAGAUGACCACCAUCACACAGUGCCAAUGUGUCUUCUGUACACUGUGCCUGAAGCAGUAUGUGGAGCUCCUGAUUAAAGAAGGCCUUGAAACUGCAAUUAGCUGUCCAGACUCUGCCUGUCCCAAAAGAGGACACUUGCAGGAAAACGAGAUUGAGUGCAUGGUGGCCACGGAGAUGAUGCAGAGAUACAAGAAACUUCAGUUCGAAAGGGAGGUGCUGCUGGACCCGUGCCGGACGUGGUGCCCUUCUUCAACCUGCCAGGCCGUGUGCCAACUAAAGGAAGCAGAUUCUCCGACACUGCCCCAGCUGGUCCAGUGCGCCGUCUGUGCCCUGGAGUUCUGCUCGGCCUGCAAGGCCAACUGGCACCCCGGGCAGGCCUGCCAGGAGAACAACCUGCCUAUUACCUCCUUCCUUCCAGGAGAAAACAGCUCUUUCUAUAAGAAUGAAGAGGAUGAUGCACCAAUCAAGCGCUGUCCUAAAUGUAAAGUUUACAUCGAGAGGGACGAGGGCUGCGCGCAGAUGAUGUGCAAGAACUGCAAACACGCUUUCUGCUGGUACUGUCUGGAAUCUCUGGAUGAUGACUUUCUCCUGAUCCACUAUGACAAAGGGCCGUGUCGAAACAAACUGGGCCACUCCAGGGCGUCUGUUAUCUGGCACAGAACGCAGGUUGUGGGGAUCUUUGCCGGGUUCGGCCUGCUCCUGCUGGUUGCCUCCCCCUUCCUCCUUCUGGCCACUCCCAUCGUCCUCUGCUGCAAGUGCAAGUGCAGCAAAGGCGACGACGACCCAUUGCCAACUUAAACACACCAUCAGAGCCGAAGCGGAGAACCGCUGCGAGGAUGGGCCAUCUUUUUUUCCUUUUCACCCCUUUACAUUCUUUUCCUCCCACCAGCUUCCAGUGCUUCAUUUUUUGGGCUGAGCCUGCACCGGCCCCCGGCUGCUUUGGGAUCCAUCGCUCUGCAUGAGAGAGGCAUGGUAGAAAAGUGACCCGACAACUUGGCCCAAUGAGAGAUGCGGGGUCAAAGGUCAGAGGAGGUCAGACUUGUCUAAGGACCACUGUGUCCGUGUGUGUCAGACGUUGGUGGUUUGAGAAUGUGGAGCAAGUCUGGGCCACUUCAAGUGGUCCGUACGGUAGUUGUUGCUUACUGUGGGGUGGCGAGUUAUUACAAACGAAGGAAAAAUUAAUGUUAAGAAACGCUUUUCUCUUGUAUGGACAAUAUCAUGCAGGAGCCAUCUUAGAAAGAACAUUUACUUUAUCGCUCUAUUUUGUCGGUUUGUCGUACGCAACAAAAGCUUUUUCCCCCCACCACCACAGUCAAUGUAGCUCUACAGGUUCAGUCAGUAGCAUUAGAGUUACACCACGCAUGUUUGGUGUUCACUCGAUUUGCACACAGAACAUGAUUUCUUUGUCAUGUUCACGACUGAGGUAGAGAAGGGAGGCUGUUGUCACUCUCAGCUCAAUGUACAGCACGUCCUCUUGAUGAUGUCAAUGUUUUAUAACCUGUCGCUUUUAAUAGAACUGUGCUCAGAGUAGUGUCUGUGUGUUGUACUUUUGAGUGUUUUCCAAACCGUUUAAAACACGCAUUAAAGGGGAUUGCCACUCAAAUUUAAAAUAUGCUUCUUUUCUGUGGUUCAGUAAAUAAGAUUAUGAAGGUUUCUUAAAGUAUCAGCUUAUGUUUUAUAGCCAGAUGUUUUUCAUUGCUAUUUUACCAUCUCUCCUAAGUCAUUCUCUUUAGCAUUAAACAUUUUAGUCAUCUCCAUGGAUUGUGUUUCCAGGUGAUGUUAUACAUUUUUACAAUCCUAGACUGAGUGGUGCUCCCCUUUAAAUUAAGCAUUAAUUUAAAGUCUGUCAGAGGACUUUGUGUCCAUAUGUUCAGGACCCAUUUUAACAGUUCACUAAAAAGAGAUGUCACUCCUGUAAUUCUCUGAUCCCAGGUGGUGAUUUAGCCAAAUAGAAAUGGACAGCCUUAAAUUAAGAAUAGCCAAAAUCAGGCAUUUCCCCCUGUGCAUUAAAAAGAGUAAAAAAACAGUUAAAUCCAAAUAAUCCCAGGGAAAGCAUGUAUAAAGGCAUUUUUAAAGCAUUACAGACAGUCAGUGAAGCCCUUUAUAUUCAGAUGAUUCUAUGAUGUCAUCCAUAUGCCAUACUGUUAAUAGCCAUACUGUUAAAAAAAACUAAAUAACUGUCCUAAACUGAUGUUCUGUGUUAACAAGGGCCUACAUUUCCUAAGCCUUUUUGAGCAGGAGAGCUGAUCAACAUCCAUCCACCCAUCAGAAACUAGACUCGGCUCAGAUCUCCCACUCUUUGAGACUUAACAAAUACCCGCCGGCCCAAAUUGCAAACUUGCAUAUGUUAGUGGUCAGAGUGUCGAUGUUUUGUUUUGUUGGUAGUUAGACUUCCAACAACAAGCAGCUAUUCCUUACAGGGACGUCAGAAAAGCCUCUACAGUAAAUAUUAAAGAAUGUUCCCUUUUUUUUUUGGGCACAUUAUUAUGAAGCUGCUCUAUACUAUAUCACUUUAUCUAUGCAAGUUUGUACAUUACCAUUCUUAAACUGUCACCGAUUGGUCAUAAACAGCUCUAUGUCACGAGUAAAGAUAACACAGUGAGAUCUGCGGAAUGUCACCAUGCAUUUGCAUAUCAUGGCUUUUGUUUAAUCAGGGAGUUAUUCAGAAACUAUCCAUUUUACUUUCAUUACGUAUGUUGCUGUUAUCUUUAUUUCAUUUAACAAUAUUUAAAGAUGGUGAGCUUGAAAACAAGGACAGAGAUUUUCACAUUGCAUUUAUUUAGUCUUUUUUCUGAGGAGUCUCAAAUUCCUUUUUAUAGUUGCAUAGCUUCACAAAAAAUGGAAAAAAACGGUCAAACCAUUUAGUUAUAAACAGAUUAUUUCAGUAUGUAUGUCUGCGUGAGGUCUGUCUAAUUAGUAUUUCAUCGUUUCAGAUUAAAACAGAAAUCUGAGUUUUGCCAUCAUGCAUAGGCAUUCCAACGUUUCGAAUAAGCCAUUUACUUUAUCCCUCCCUCUGGUGUAAUUCACCAGUGUUCAUGUAGCAUUUCAUGAGAGGUGUGGCUACAGUUACCACAAAAAGGUAGCUCAGCAGUAGCUAAUCUAAGCUUAACAGUAGCUAAACAUCUGCACCUCCCACCUGUCCUCACUAAUUUAGCUCUGAUAUUCAGUAUAAUCGUUCUUGUUAUUAGUAGCCUUAAAUUUUGAGUAUCUGACCCGUAGCCCGUUUUGCUUUCACUGACCUCACCUACUCUAUGAGCAUGAUCGUUGGAUAUCAAUGCCAGUCCAAUUUUUUUACCUUAUGUUUCUUCCCUAAAACUGAUUAAAUUCCUGAAGCUUUUGUUGUUUUAUGACAAUCGUGCCAAGCAGAUUUCCUAGAAGGGAUAAGGAAACUUGAGUUGUCUACUGUAUGUGCAUUUUGACCAUGUAUUUGUAAUGUAUUACAAGCUUUUACAGGGUGGAAAUAUUUUAAUGCUUCUUAAUGUAAGCGCUGCACUGUAUAUGGGUUUCAUUGUUUUACUUCUUGAUAUGAUCCGUGAUGUGUGUGUGUGCGUGUGUGUAUGUGUGUGUGUGUGUGUGUAUGUGUGGGGUAUGGUGCCUGCUGUGUUUAUCGGAGGAGUUUAGCAGCUGAGAUCUAUGUUGACUCUAUAGAAACGUCAAUACAUAUGAGAGAUUGCAACUGUACUUUUUAGGAGUUUUCACAAUUUUAUCUGUCAGGGGUCUGAUAAUAUUGAUGGGCAGUGCUCAAGCCUGGCCGGAUAAGAAUUGAUUUUAGAUAGUGUAUAAUAUUCAAACACAAAAAUGUCACAUUUAAGGCACAAACUAGCGUCAAACUACAUCCCAACCACUUCCAGUUUUGUUUUUUUUUGUUUGUUUAUAACACAACAUUUUGUUUUUUAAUACAUCGUUCUUCUUUACUUAUGUUUGCUGGCACCACAAAACAGGUAGAUAAUGUAUUAUGCAACAAACAUAAAAGGGCCAAACGGCAAACAUUGCAAUCACUGCAGUGUCACAUUGCAUAAUGACUUGCUUUCCACACUGGGGCCACUAGAAGAGGCUUAUCAGGCCUUGAUAUAAAGGCCUAUAUAACCACUUAACGUAGAUGAAACAUCAGCACAGAUGUUGGGAGUAUGACAGUUUGAAUAAGGGCUUGCUUCUAAUAUUUGGCCCUUAAAUGGGAAGCAAGGUAUUUAUUUUACAAAGGCUCAAGACCUACUUUGCAACUAUUCUAAGAUCAUGGUUGGUUACAAGCAGCAAUUUAUAUUUUAUAACCUGUUGUGUCAAGAGAUGAAGCUGCAUGAUUUUUCUCUGACUUCUACAUGUUAAAUAUUACAAUAUUGUAGCCUCUAAAGAUCUUUGAAACGGUAGCGUUGUCACCCUGUCGCCCAGCUUUCUGGUUUUUGUUUUUUUGUUUUUCUAGAAAACAUGUUUUGAUGUUCAGCCAUAUGAUAUACAAUGUUGUUCAGCCUUCCUCCAUUCAGGUUGGCUUCAUGUGUCUGUUACUAUUUUGGUUUUUGCUUUUUAUACGACUGUGUUACAUAAUAGUUUGUUGUUACUGCAUUAUCUGUUUUAAGGGCAGAAUUUUUCAGGCCUGAUUGGUCAAUUAAAUGUCCGUCGCAUAAGUAAAUGGAUUAUUGUCAGAGGAAAUGCUGUCUGUACACAAGACUUCUGUAUUUAGAGAUGGUAAACAAUGUCUCUAGUUUAGUCAGUAAUUGAACGUUAAUUGACCUGGGUGAUAACAAAAAUAUCAACAUUGUAAAAUGGCAUAUUCGGAUGAGUCCUGUACAACGUAGACUUGGCAUCUCGGUAUAUCUACAGUUCCACCAACACUGUGACACCAGGUAUUAAAGGUUGUUGUUUUUUGUGA